GUUUAGUUGAUAUGCCUUUCAAUCGAAUGAAACUAACUCAUAGGAAUUAAUUUAGAUACGGUUGUUUAAAAAAUAUAACAAUAAUAAUAAUAAAUGAUUCUUUUGAAAUAAUGAAUGAAAAAUUGAUUGUAAUAAUAAGUAUACUUAUAUUAAUUCUCAGCUGUUGUUAUGUUAAAACUACUUCCGUUAAAAAUGAUAAUAAUAAUGAUGUGGAAACGUUUGAAUCUAGUGAAGUUACAAAUACUUUAGAAUAUGAGGGAAAAGAAGAUGAAGUAGGUGAACAAGAUAAUGUUACAGAAGAAAUAAAUUUUAAUUCGAAAGAAUUAUACAAUUUUUCGGCUGAUGAAGAAACUCAGUUAGAACCAUUAAACAAAAAUCAGGUUGAGAUUGCAACAAACGACUCGAACGAUAAUGAAGAAAUAAUUACUGCUCUACAUAUCAAAUCAAGUAACUUUGAAAAUGAAAAUGGAAUCGUUAUUACAGAAAGUAUUGAAUCACAACCGUUACUGAAUACGAUAACUGAAGAAACCUUAUCUUCGAUUACAACGGAUAAUAAUCCAGAUGUUUUAAGUCCAAAUACUGAUGAUCACAUACCUUCCAACCACUCUACUGAAACAGAUGAAAGUUUGUAUACUGAUUAUAUGAUAGAAUCAAACGAUAUUUUCGAAAUACCCAGUCAGUCGCAAGAGCAUGUUGGUGUAACGGAAGAAAACUUAGGGAACAAAAAUGAAACGUUUCUGGACAAACUUCAGGAACUUGAAAGCACUGAUCAAAAAUUAAAUCAAACAAAAAUAGUGCCAGAGGUAUUCACUGAUGAAAUGGAAGUUUCAACAAAUACAGACAAAUCUUUGUCAGCGUUAUCCAAACAAGAUAUCCAAGUUACUGAAAUUUCGACUGAUAAUAUCUCUUUAAGCACAACAUUGCAGAAUGAUACCAAUACCAGUGCUAAUGAGAAGUUAUCUGUAGUAAAACUGGUAAGUAUGUCCACCAACCGUCAGCCGAUUGAACGAAGCUACGAAAGGAAUGUCUUGAUAGAAAAAUGUUAUCAAUAUCCAAAAAUAAAAAAUUGUGGUAAACUAACAGAUACGGAAAUAAAACAUCAAGGUGGUUGGUAUUACAAUCCAACUGAAAUGCAAUGUCAAUAUACAUCUGAUUGUAUUAUAAAUGAUAAUUACUUCAAAACUAAAAAUGAAUGCGCUGAAACAUGUGAAUACUGGAGAGGUACAGCUCGAUGUUUAGCUCCACCUCAAGCGGGUCAUUUUCAAUGUUCCGCUGUGAAUACAGAAAGGACCAUACGACCAAUUCUAAUGGUUUAUUUCGAUAAAGUCUCUGGAAAAUGUCGCUGGUUUACCUAUUAUGGAUGUGGAGGCAGUGCAAACCGUUUCACAUCUAUAACAGAAUGUGAAAAUACUUGUGGAAAUUUGAUUGCAUACAAAAUUUUACUUGUGGCCAAUCAGCUUUGUCAAGUGGCGCCAACAACUCAGUUAUUUCCACAAUGGUCAAGAAUAGAAAUGGAUUCAUGGAGUGAAAUCAGCCAAGAUGGUCAAUUUUAUUCUAAAGAAACAUCUGAACCUAUUCUAUUUGACAAUCUUACCUAUAUUGACGCUAUGCACAUUGAACCAGAAUGCUCAAAUGUCGGUCAACAUGAAUCACGUUGGUAUCUUGAUGUUGAAACAAAUCAGUGUCAGGAAUUCGCAUAUUCCCAUUGUGGUGGGUCUUCAAAUAACUUUUUAACACGAGCUGAUUGUGAACAAUUUUGUGGGGCUACAAAACCUGAUAUAUCAGCUAUCUGUAAAUUGAAACCUUCAUUUGGCGAAUGUACCGGAUACAAGACUAUGUGGUAUUAUGAUCCUAAUUGGGUAAUGAAUAUGGAUGGACAAGAUCAUUACUUAAUUGGCGGCUGUAGACAGUUCAAUUAUUCUGGUUGUGGUGGAAAUAGUAAUCGAUUUCCAACUCAAGCUGCAUGUGAAUUGACAUGUCAAUUUAAUACAAAGGUUGAACUACAAAUUGAUAUUGAUCCUGUGGAACAACUGGAUAAUGUAACGACACAAUAUGAACCUAAUCGAAAUGAAGAUAAUAAUCAAGCAACAAUAGUAAUUACUGAAUCAAACAAAACUAUACAUAAUAAUUUGGUCAAAAAUAUGACAAAGUUAACCUUAAUGAAUAUCGAUCUUGAACCAUGUCGGCGACAUCCUGUUUUUGGCUUUUGUCGACCAUUAAAUUGCUCUGAAGAACAUCGACGUAAUCAGACAUGCCACUUUUUAAACUUCCAAAGAUGGUUUUUUAAUGCUCAUACUAGUAAUUGUGAAGCAUACAGUUACAGUGGAUGUGGUGCUUCAGAAAAUACAUUUGAUGAUGCUCAAGCUUGUCAGGCGGCAUGUAAAGCUAGAAUUGUCAGGCCUGAUAGGGAUCAACGUUGCGAUUCAAACCCACAUAUUAAAAAAUGUUACACACUAUCAGUAAGUGGUAAUCAACAGGAUGUAUCAAGUGAAAAAGAUGUCAUUGCAUUUCACUUUAGUAUGUCUAGUGCUACAUGUAAAGCGUUCCAUUUAAAUACAAAACGACCUGGUUGUAGUAUGGAACAAUACUUUCCAAAUGGUUACGAUUGUUUACGAGAAUGUGUCAAAUCUUCACCAAAUGAAAAACAUUUACAAAAUCGCUGUUUCGCUCGGAAAACUCAUGUCAUGUGGAACUGCACAGAUCAAAGUGUUAAAACUUAUCGUUGGUCAUAUCUACCUGAAAUUAACCAAUGCGUACGUUUUUCUGAAUGUACAAAUCCAGAUCAAAUAAUUGAACAGCCUGGAAAUAAUUUUGCUUCAAGAAGUGAAUGUGAAACUACUUGUAUGGCAUCUAGUUUUGAAGAAGUUUGUCAACUUCCAAAAGAUCCUGGUCCAUGUACAAGUUUCCAAACUCGCUAUUUUUAUGACAGCAGUACAUCAAAAUGUCGUGUAUUUUUAUACGGGGGUUGUUUAGGCAACUUUAAUCGAUUUCUUUCACGAAAAGAAUGUGAACUAGCAUGUUCCCAAUUUUCAACACAUAUUUUAAGCACAUCAAAUCAUACGAAAUCGCAAGAAAGUUUAAUGGAAGAAACACUAGUUGGUUAUGAUGAAUCUCCACCGUUAAGUGCACAGGUAUUUGAGAAGAUGAAACAAAUUACACAACAUCAUACAGAUCGUUAUCCUUGGGAUAUUUGUUUGGAUAGUCAUAGUUAUGGUACAUGUUCACUGUCUGGUGGUCAAUAUCAAACAACAAGUGAAUACCCAUAUGUACCAUUAACUCGUUAUUAUUAUGAUCGUCGUUUGGGUCAAUGUCAACCUUAUACAUAUACCGGUUGUGGUGCGCGUGGAAAUCAUUUUGACACAUUGGAAAAAUGUCAAACAGUGUGCGAGAAUCGUUUGAAAAAUCCAAAGUUUGCUCGCUGCCACUUUGAUAAACCAAUCACAAAAUGUCCUGGAAGUGGAAUUCAAGCAUGGGCUUAUAACCAAACCAUCGGAGAUUGUUAUUUCUUUGAAAUUUGUGAACCUGAUGAAAAAGAAAGCGAAUUUCAAAUAUCUCAUAAAAAGUUUUCAUUUCGUUUAAGAAGAACUAGUCAAUGGCUCGGAGUAUGGCAAGCAAGGACUGGAAAUCUACCUGAAGGUGUUUAUGCAACUCGCAGUGCAUGUCAGUAUCAUUGCUUACCAAAACCUCCCAGAGGAACAGAUACACAAAACGUAUGUCAUAUGAACCCGAUUGUAACAGUACCAUUUGGCUGCAAUGCUAUGGUAACUAGAUGGUAUUUUGAACCUAGAGAAACACAGUGCAGAAGCUAUAUAACUUGUCCACAAUAUGGAAAUAACUUUCCUAGUCAUAGAGCUUGCCAAGAUAUAUGUACACCUGGACAUCCUAUAGAUGUCUGUCGACUUCCAUAUGAUCAUGGUGGAUGUUCAAACUUUGAAAAACGAUGGUACUAUGACAUGCAUAAACGAAUGUGUAUGCCUUUUACAUACGGUGGAUGCUUUGGAAAUUCUAACCGUUUUUUAACAAAAGCAGAAUGUGAAGGAUUUUGCAUGGGAAAAGAUGUUUGUAGACUACCUUUACAAAAGAAUUCUACCGACACAAGUUACCCUGAAAGAUUCUAUUAUGAUCAUUCUAGAAAACAGUGUCUUCCAUUUCGUUUCACUGGUCUACUGGCGCAUGGAAACAAUUUCCCAUCACUUAGUGCCUGUAAUGCAACAUGUAUUUAUGUACCAGACAUUGAAGUAAUUGCUGAAAAAAUUAUGCUGAGUUCUAAUUUAAAUACUGAUAAAAUAUUAGAAGAAUCAAGUAAAACAUUAAUCCAAGCAUCAUCUAUUGAAAACUAUACAAAUACGCAACAAAUGACAGAUGAAAGCACUUCUAUAAAUGUUCAUAGAAUACCAAAUGAUAAUAAAAAUAUCUUGUCAGAAAAAUUUCCAUGUUUACCAUUCAUAACUAAUAGUCAAUAUGAUAAUAUGGAUAGACAUACGUUUUGUAACAGUGAAGAUAUAAUUCAUGAAUUAGGUUAUCGAUUUCAAGUUACAUCAAGUGUUCACGUAACAGAUGAAAUAAUUGAUGGUAUUUGUGUACCCAUUCUAGUACCUAUUUGUUUAAAUGAGCCAAAACGAUUGUAUGGGCAAUUAAAUAUUUAUGAAAGUCAAAUGAUUGGACGUGUCUUCAAAACUGAAGCAGAGUGUGAAGCAACUUGUCUAAUUAAAAACCGAUUUAAAAGAAGUAUUAUUAUAAAGGAAAAAUCAUUGGACACGACUAAAAUUAUACAUCAAUUAUUAAGUACGAUUUUGGACAGGAAAUCUAAAUUAUCAGGUAACUUAAAUGAUUUAGUUUAUCCAACAUUAAACUACAAGAUGAUAACAGACAAGCGAUACCACAAGAUAUUCCAAGCUGUCACACAUUCUUUCGACCAGUCAAAUUUUAAGAAAACUUUGACAUUAGAUGUGUUAGAAAAUGAACAAAUUAAACUCCCAUGUUGGGUCGUAUCUCAAAACAAACCACAUGUUCAAUGGAUUCAUAUACUAUCAGGAAAAAGGUAUCCAGUGACAGUUCAUCAUUAUUCUAAAGAUAAAAAUAUUUGGAUAUCACAUUUACUACUACAAAAUACUAAAAAUCAGUUUCAUACAGGAGGAUGGGUUUGUGAAGCUUCCGAUUUAGAAACUACAGAAUAUGCUAAAGCUACUGUUAUUUUAAAUGUAGUUUCUAUACAACCAAAUAAAAUACUUGCCAAGAGUUCUCAAAAUGCAGUAUCGUUACAUGAUACGAUCAUGGUACCGAAAGAUGGAUUGGUGUUUCUCAGUUGUCCCCAUCAUCAAUAUUUAGGCGACACUAUAUGGAAGAAAAAUAAGUAAGUGUUUACCUACAAUUUCAUAUCAACUUACACGUUAACACAUGCUUACUUCCUAUUCAAUGUACUUUAAGGGAUUUUAAGCUAUACUGUAAAGGGGUAUUUUGAAGAUUGUUUAACUUCAUAGAUUACAUUAUCAACUGAAACUAAACAGACAUUUUUUAUAAAUCAGGAAUUCGUACACAGAUAUUUAGCCCUAGUAUGGAACACCUCAGUAAUACGCGUUAGGGAUGACAUAUGUAUUAAAUUCAGAACUAUUGGUACCAUUUCAACAGUUUAAGCUUUAGACUAUAAACCAGUGGUGUAAUCGUUCAAGUUUUAUUAUUCCUCGAUAUUGGGCAAGCAUCGUUUAACGUCAUCAAUGGGCGACUAAAUUAUACUCGGCAUGGCUGAAUCUCAAUGUUCACAGUUUCUCCCAAGGUCUUUGGGAAUUGCUUUUCAAAGUCAGUUAUAAAGUUUUAAUGACUACUCAGUUAUGAUACGUAGUUUAAAGUGAAUGUCUUUCACAGAUGAUAGUAAAUAUUCUGAUUCAAAUUUAUUAGAAUUGAGAUUAUUAAUUCUUCUACCACUUAGAUAUUGUUCAAAUGAUUUAUAACGCUAGUUAACAAAAUUUCUUUAUAUUUCUUACUUUAGAGAAGAGAUUUUUCAGGCAACUUCUGAAUAUCUAAUAAUUGAACAAGCAAAUCCUCAUAUUCACACAGGAAUCUGGAUUUGUGGUAUUAAUUAUGAUAACAAUUUUAUUGAACUAUAUAAAUUCAACAUAUCUGUAGGUUUUCCGCCAGAACUUCAAAAAACUAAUACCAAUUCAUUUGAGGCUAUUUCUCAACACUCACUUACCUGUCCGAUAAAUACACAAGGCAAACCGGCAGGAUAUAUUAAGUGGUUUGAAUGUGAGCAUAUGAAUAAUUGCUAUCCUUUGAGAACUGAAUUAUAUUCUUCUAUGUUAAAUCAAUCAAAUCUUAUUAUGUGUCGUAUUGAAAAUAUCUGGGGGAUGGAUGAAACUUAUUUUAAUGUAACUUCUUAAUAGAUAUAUAUCCAUAUAUAUUUAAUUAGUGUAUAUGUUUUAUCAUAUUGAGUCGAUCAAUUUAUUUACAUGUUUAAUCUUUUAAUUGUUUUUCUAAAUAUAUUAUGUUACAUUACAUUUAAAUAAACAAAUUAGAUUACCUUUUUAAAUGUUGUGAAUAUUUUCAGUUUUAAGUUAUGUUGGUGAAAUACUUUUACAAAUGUAUGAUAAAUGUAACUUUGGUCAUUAUCAAAUGAAAUAGACCAAUAACUUUGUUAUGAUUCUAUGUAACGUCGAUGAUCAUCAACAUAUUGAUAAUUGAAUUAGGCUAUUAAAAGUGUUACUACUGUCUGAAAUAAUUUCAUCAUAUAAUCUGUUAAAUAUAUUUUUCAAUAAAUGUUUCAUUAAAAUUAAUUAGAUUUGAUAAAUAUAUAGUAGAAUUAUUGACUAAUUUCAGACUGAUAGUUUAUACUAAUGUAGUUCAUAAUUGAGUACAGUGUUCUAAAUAAUCAUUUGUAAUUUAUGUUGGAAAUAAAGGCUAAAUAAGAAAGAGAGUCUAAGUCGAAAUCAUCUUAACAAAAUGUAAAUGUAAGCAAAACUUAUUAGUAUGAUGCUUAUUCAUUACCUUGUACUAUAUCUCUCGAUUGUCUACGUAUUCAAAAUAAGCUAUGUUGUUUGUAGGUUUCGUUAAUGUACGUAACUCAUAUAAUUUCUAAGAAAUGUUAACAAUGAAAUAUGAGAUCUGUUACUUAUUGUAAUUAGUUUUUCUGUAUUGAAAAUACUAAAAUAAUUGUGAAUGAAAUUCCUAACUGUGAAGAAGAAGAAAAAAAAGGAUCACUUGGAUUAGUACUAUUGAAUAUUCAAAAUCUUGCAUGAACUUACUAAUGUAACUAAAUAUAUCUUUGAAUGUGUAUCGAAUCACCAACUUAUGCCCGCUAUUGAUUUUACACGUAGUUUUUGACCGAAUAAUAUCAAGUUACUCAAAAAUCUAUUAUUAGUAUGACAGUACAGCAAAUGUUCUUCCGCAUGAUAGAGUAUUUGACGAGACCUUAGAUGUACAAAGUUACCUUCAUAGACAUUAAAAAUAAGUUUGGAAGUUGUGGAGAUGAUAGGUUAUACGUUGUCGUUAAGCUAUUUACGAUGAAGCAC